AUUUUACAUGUAUUAAAUAGUCAAGAAAUGUCUACUGUAGUCAUAGAUGGUGUAGCUUAUACUACAAGUUUUGAUCAUGCUGAUGCAAAUCGCCAGAUGAAAACUUAUGAUGAGAUGAGAAAUGAUGAUGUCAUCAUUUGUUCUUAUCCUCGCUCAGGUACUCACUGGACCAUAACCCUGGUGGAUCUGGUGAUGCGGGAGGGAGAUACGGAGGCUGCCGAUAAAAUUCCAAUCAACUUGAGAAGUCAGUGGAUGCAUAUAUCUCGGAAAGUAUGGGCAGGAGAGGUUUCUAUGCCAGCAGAGGAUAUCCAUCCAAUGAGAGAAGCGGAAAUGUUGCCAUCACCAAGGUUACUCUGUAGUAAUCUUUCUUAUGAUGUAAUGCCAGAAUCUGUCCAACAGGGCAUAUGCAAGGUCAUUCUGGUCCUGAGAAACCCAAAGGCUGUAUUUAAUAGCAGAUACAAGUUUGAUGCAUUGAUUCCAGAGAAGUUUCGAGAUGGUCAGACAUUAGAUGGACAUCUUGAUAAUCAACUGACAGAGGCACAGGAUAAAAUGUCCUAUGGAACAUGGUUUAACCACGUCAGUGGAUGGUGGCAGAACAGAGGCAAUCUGAAAGGAAACAUCCACUUUAUAAAGUUUGAAGGCAUGAUAGAGAACAUGACAAAAGUGGUGACAGAGCUUGCUCAGUUUCUCAACAAAGACCUGUCACAUGAAACUAUCAAUGCAGUUACUGAAUACCUGCAAUAUGGUAACAUGAAGAAAAAUCCCAAGAUCGGUAGAGCAUUUGAGAAACUUGCUAUAUAUAAAGAUGCGGACACUGACAGAAAGCAGACAUUUCAAGCUUCACACAUGCGGAAAGGUGCCAUUGACGACUGGAAAAAUAAUCUGACUGUUGCCCAAAGUGAGAGAAUUGAUGAGUAUCUCGGUCCGAGAUUAGAGAAAAUUGGUUUGAAAUUCAAAUAUGAAUAGACAUAAAAUAUUGGACAAGAAUAUUGAGUUUAAAAUAAUGAACAAAUAUUU